AUGUUACUGCUUUGCGAAACCGCUGGCGGCUUCGGGCUGCUGAAACUGCGCGGGACGCGCGCGGCGGUGCCCGCGGAGGUCGAGGACCUCGCACUCGGCGCGGAGAACAUCUCUCUGCGCAAGUUCAAGGCGUUCGAGGACAUCGGAGUGGCUACCAAGGAAAUUGUCGCGCUGCAGAGCGGUGCGCUGUCGAAGCGGUUGCGCAAGUUUUUGCUGAAUCACGCCAAGCCGGACAGCGUGCUACUGGUAAGCGACAAGACGCUCGCGGCGAACAUCAAGCAAGAGCUGCAGCUGAACGUAGCCGUCGCGCCGAGUUGCUCUGCGCUCGGACGCGCGGUCCGCGAGCGGCUGCACGCGCUGCUGCAGGAUAAAGUUGACUUACACCAGCAGAGCAUCGCGCUCUCGCACAGCAUCGCGCGCUACAAGAUCCAGUAUUCGCCGGACAAGCUCGACGUGAGCGUGUUGCACGGGGUAGGGCUGCUGGAGGACCUCGACAACGAAACGAACAACCUCGCCAUGAACUUGAAAGAGUGGUAUGGGUUCCACUUUCCGGAGUUCGUGAAGCGCGUGAGUGACAACCUGGUCUUUGCGGAGUUUGUGCUGCACGUCGGGCUGCGCAGCAACCUGCAGAACGUCUCUUCGCUGGAGCACAUCAACAUUGACGAACGGUUGCUGCAAGAAUUGAAGGUGCUCGCCGAGAGCUCGAUGGGCAGCGAGCUGUCUUUGGCGGACAUCGAGUGUUUGAAGGAAGUCAGCAACCGCGUCGUCUCGCUUUUCCAGUAUAAGAUGCAGCUCGCUGAGUACCUGCAUGCGCGGAUGCAGAAGAUCGCGCCGAACCUCGCGCAUCUGCUCGGCGACCUGCUCGGCGCGAAGCUCAUUGCGCACAGCGGCGGGCUCUUGAACCUCGCAAAGCAGCCCGCUUCGACGGUGCAGCUGCUCGGCGCGGAAAAGGCGCUGUUCCGCGCGCUGAAGUCGCGCUCGAACACGCCGAAGUACGGCAUGUUGUACCAUGCGAAGCUCGUGGCCCAGGCGAGCACGAAACUCAAGGGCAAGAUGGCGCGCAUCGUCGCGAACAAGGCUGCGCUCUGCGCGCGCGCAGAUGCCUGCGGAGCGCCGGAAGAGUGUGCAAAAGGCACGGUGGACUUCCACCCGCACGAGAUGCAGCUGCGCAGCUGCGUGUUGCGCGACGUAGAAGACGUUUUCCGCUUGUUCGGCGGCCAAGCAAUUGACACGCCAGUGUUCGAACUGAAAAAAGUGCUCACCGGCAAGUACGGCGAAGACUCAAAGCUGAUUUACGACUUGAAAGACCAAGGCGGCGAGAUGCUCUCGCUGCGCUACGACCUGACUGUGCCCUUCGCGCGCUACUGCGCGACACACGCAGUCGAGAAGAUCCGCCGCUACCAGAUCGGGAAGGUGUAUCGGCGCGACGAGCCUCAGGUCGCAAAGGGCCGCUUCCGCGAGUUCUACCAGUGCGACUUCGACAUCGCGGGGCCGGGCGACGCGCUGACGGCGGACGCAGAGAUUCUGCGUCUGCUGAUCUUUUUGCUCGAGCGAAUGCAGCGCUUCGUCGGCGACUUUUGCGUGCGCGUAAACCACCGUGUGCUACUAGAGGCGCUGUUCGCGCAGGCGGGCGUCGAGCCCGCGCAGUUUCAGCCGGUCGCGAGCUCCAUCGACAAGCUCGACAAGCUGAGUUGGAAAGAGGUUGCCGAAGAGUUGACGUGCGUAAAGGGCGUCGCGGCUGAGGUCGUCGAAGCGCUUCGGCCGCUGAUACUGGUGAAAGAGCCGGUCUCGAACGUCUGUGCUCGGCUGCGACAGAUUUCGUCACUGGUCUCGGACGACGCGUGUCGCGCAGCGCUCGACCACAUGCAGCAGCUCGGCGAGUGCGUGCCUUCCGCGCGCCUGCACUUCGACUGCUCGCUCGCGCGCGGGCUGGACUAUUACACGGGGCUCAUCUUCGAAGCAGAGCUCGUGCACAGCGAAACGCGGCUGGGCAGCAUCGCUGCCGGCGGCCGCUAUGACCAGUUGAUCGGCCAGUUCUCUGGGCGCGCAGUUCCAGCGGUGGGCGUGAGCUUGGGACUCGAGCGAAUCUUCCGCCUCUUGAACGAACGCGUCGGGCAG